UUAAAGAGAGAAAUGCUUAAUUUUUUGGGAGUGGAGUGGAGAGCUGGUUAUGAUGUAUGCGAGCUUAUCCUUUCCUCAGUCAUCAAUAUUUGAACCCACAAGUAAAAGACAAUUGCUGCCCUCCACCUUUAGCUUCUCUUAUCAUCAUUCUUCUCAUCACAAAAAUUGUCAGUUGGAUAAAAAACGACGCCGUUUUGUGAUUGCUGCUUCCUCCUCAGAGCUUCCGCUUCUUCCUUUCCCUAUUGACCAGGUAUUAGUCCCUUCAGAGAAAAAGACACUACAUUUGUAUGAAGCAAGAUACUUGGCACUGCUAGAGCAGUCUCUUUUUAAGAAUAAGAAGUUCUUUGUGCACUUUGUUCUGGAUCCCAUAGGCAUCAAUGAUACAUCAGGAGAAGCAUCUUUUGCUGCCAGAUACGGUUGCUUGGUUGCAAUAGAGAAAGUUGAGAAAUUGGAGAUUGGUGCAUUGGUCACUAUUAGGGGUGUAGGCCGUGUCAAAAUUCUGAAAUUUGAACAGGCAGAACCGUACUUGACAGGUGCGGUUAUACCAUUGCUGGACAACAUUCCACACAGUGAUACAGAACUAAUUUCCAAGGUUUUGGAGAUAAAAGAAGCCCUCCACAAUUUGAAUUGCUUGGAAAUAAAGCUGAAGGCUCCUGACAAUGCUUUGUUGCAAACUUUAACUGUGAACUCUUUGAGAUGGUCUGAGAAUACACCUGUUCUGGAUUGUGACAACAGCUUCAUACCACCUCUUGCUGAGCUUGUAUCCUUUGCAGCACUUCAGCCUGUUUCUG